AUGGAGACAGUGUCAGCAGUCUUUGGCAUUAUGGCAGCGCUGCCGCAGUGCAUCCAGUCGGCGAAGGAGCUUUACGACCUACGUGAACGAUACAAAGACGCCUCCGUGCUUAUCACCGCUAUUUACUCCGAAUCAAUGGUGAUCGCCGCCUCGCUGUCCCAAGUCCAGAACCUUCUUCAGCACGAUGCGCUCCUCCAAAAGCCGCAGUUACUCGAGACUUUUGACCGAGCCUUGACAGGAUGUCGCGUUGUGUAUGGAUGUUUAGAAGAGGAGGUCCGCGAUCUGGUGGAGAAGGCUCAGCGCAAUGAACUUAAGUUCAGAGACCGGGCAACAUACCUCCUGAAGGAAGACACAUUCAAGGAGCUUUUGACGCAAAUACGAGGGCAACAGUCUGCGCUCAGCUUGCUCAUCCAGGGCCUACAGAUGGAGUCGAUGGCGGAUAUGAGGAAGCUGGUCGAGGCCAACAGCAGCAAGCUAGAUCAGAUUGUCAAGCGGUCAAAGACAUUGCGCCAAACGCACCCACGUAUCAAAGUGCCUGACUCCAUCUUUAGCUAUGAGAGUGGGGUCGCAGAUGCGUCAGACGCCGAAUCCAUCGUCAAGUCUACCCACUUCGAGUUUGACGAUCAGGUCAUCAGUUCAAAAGCAUAUCAACGAGCCAUGGCACGCUACACGAUGGAUACUGCGGAUCGAGAUGUGCUGCCGUACAUGCCACGCAUCACAUCGACAGCACCGUAUUUGACCCAAGUUAGAGCUGAUGCCUUCGAUACCAUUGAAACCAAAAUCGACAAUAAGUCGGCCCGCGUGCCACUCCGAUCGUUCAGCGAAGGACCCCCCAUCGUACCAGAUGCGACCCCACCCCUACCGCCACGUCGCACAAGUGGGCCACAGCUUCGCUCACAAGAUUCUGCCGCUACAUUGAAAGCACGAUCAAAGUCGUCAGACGGAAGCUUGAAUACUUCGGAAGCAGGAUCGAUCUUGUCGCAGGGUGAGCCUUCGUGUUUCGAAAGCGGGGAAAUGCAUGCGAUUUGGUUAUCACUCGUAGAAGCCGAGCGCAACUUCUUCGACCGCAUGACGAGACUACGAAGAAUGUUUUACGACAACGUCAUACGGCAAUGGCCACUGCUCGAGCCCCAUCUUGGUAUUGUGUUGAUUGGUGAGCAGCUCGCUGGAACCAACAAGAAAUUUCUCUGGUUGCCUAUGGAGCAGCAGUUGUCAGAGUCAGACCAGGCGACCUGUGACCCUGCCAUCUUUGCAACCUGGACCGAAAAUGUUCAGCGCAUGUUCCGUGAGUACUGCCAAGCACUGCCACACGCGAUCGGAGCACUACGAGCUACGCAGAUCAAUGAUGGAAACUUUGCUCCGUUCGUCAAUACUCUUGGUCUUAGCAUUGCCUACUUCGGCAAGAGCUGGGAAGACUACCUGAGACUGCCUGUUACCGAGCUUGAUAUAUGUAUCGAGAGCAUACGGAGUCUCGUUAGCAUAGCGAAUGAUCUGGAACAGCCUGGUGCGGAUGUAGAGACGCAGCGGCUGACGAGCUCUUUGAACGCGUUGGACUGGCUCAAGUCAUCGUCUGCAUCUGUGCUUGAGCAGUCACAAGGUCGAGAAGACAUGCAGAAUCUGGAGCGUCGCAUCCACACGCUCGAUACAGACAUCUUGUCUCAGCUCAGCUUGCUCGACACUAAGCGCCGUGUGAGGUAUCAGGGCAGCAUGACAAUGAAGCUGAAGAGCAAAGGGCCCUGGCAUGCUGUGCACGUUGCGCUCCUCGACAACUAUUUGUUGUGGGGCAAGAUCAAAGCUCAAAGGAAGACUGCCGGCGAGAAGGUUAUUGUCCUGGACGCACCCAUCCCUAUCAGUGAACUUGAGGUUAGCCUGCCAUGCGACCAGCAUCAAUUUCAGAAAGCAACAAUGUUCGAUGAAGUACCGAGGAACUCCAUCCAGUAUAUGAUCAUGAUUAAGAGAAAGGAUUCAGACGGCAAAGCACAUUUGCUUGGCUCGCCCACAUACCAAGACCGAAGGACUUGGAUGGACCACUUCGAAUUAGCGACGGAAAAGAGGUGA